UUGUAUUUUAUUUUAUUAAAAAAUGUAUUUUUCGUAUCGUGAAUUGUAAUAAAAUAACUAAUCAUGUUUGACAUGGACGGUGCUAAUAGUGUUCGAUGUGCCCAGAUGGACAACAAUAGUGUGGCGUCAGGGACUUUAGGAAGUUCGCCAACGUCUGCUAAUAGUUCUGAUAUGUUUCUGUACGAUGAUUCCUCUAUGUCCGACGGGAGUCUGUACGCGAGUGAUCAGGAAAAUCAUUCGACUCCUAGAAAAAGACCUGAACAUCGCCGUCUGCACAAACGUCGUUCUCGCUGCCCUCAACAGCAAAUCCAGCAGCGGCAAGCAGCGAACUUGCGCGAGCGUAGGCGCAUGCAAUCAAUUAACGACGCAUUUGAGGGUCUGCGCGCGCACAUACCGACUCUCCCAUACGAGAAGCGACUGUCCAAGGUCGAUACCCUGAAACUAGCCAUCGGAUAUAUCAGCUUUCUUGGCGAAUUAGUCCGUACAGAUCGCAGUUCUUCUGAAACCAUGUUGACUGGCGUAACCAACACACAAAACAAGGAAGAGCAUAAGAAAGUUAUUGUCAGAGGCAAUAAUUUUCAAGCUCAUUCAUUAUCGUGGUCGAGGAGAGGAGACCGUCCGCCUGGCGCCACUCUACACGCUAAGAUCUGGGUGCCCGAAGACCCUAGGAUUUUCACUAGUUCCACUAACGUCAUCGAGAAGGAAGAACUAAGAUAAAACGAUAAAAAAUCCAGUCAUGUUUUUAAAAAAUGAUCUCAUUUAAUUAUACUAGUCCACCAAGUUAGAUAGGUAAGGUUAUAUUAAGAAUAUUUAUCGAUUUUGUGUAACGUAUUUUUGUUUACACUUUUAGAUCAGCACCGAUAUGUAUAUAUGAUUAUAAUUAUAGUUGUAAAAAAAUAUAUUAUAAUUUAAAUUUAGGAUGAUAAAAUGUUUAGACGUCACAAUCCCUAUCUUUAGGUCGUCGCGGCGAUGCUGUUUAUUUUCUUUGACCAGCUUUUCGCAACACUGUAGGCGCUGCCUACGACUUAUAUUAUAUUUUUUCCUUCUUUCGUGCUUGCCUAAUAGUGAUGGAGACGGUAUCUACCAAAAUCGAUGACAAUAUAAAGAAAACAUUUUAUGUUACUAUCAAUUGUACGUUAUAAAUUAAACCAUAGUUAUGAGAAAACCGUUUUAUGAUGCCAGACCUACUAUAAUGUACUUAUAGGGAAACUAAGUAGCAAAUACCACGUAAAUCUAGCAAUAAUGGGUUGUUUUAUAUAUUAAAUGCAACUGCAUGACUAGCUUACAUGGACUAUGUGUGAAGGUAGUCGGAUAAAAAAAAUCGGGCGACAAAAUAAUGAGCAUCUUUUGUUAUUCUUUAUUGCCCAGAAAAUAAAGUUGCUUUUAAUUAGACUAAACUGUCAUGAAUCCUGUUCUUAGUUAAUAUGCCCUAAGCAUUAGCCUUGGACUGCUCCGAGGCCGCAUUUAUGGUCGGACAAAUUAAUAUAAUUUGUAUAGUUUAAGAUUAUCUCACAAAAUCCUUUUACUAUUAUUGUUUGAAUAUCUGAGAUUUAAUGUCAUAUUUAUUCCUGAGUCACUACAACUCGUAAUGACCAUACUAAAAUAAUUUUAUAUAUGAUAAAAAAUGUAAAUUAAGUAACUAUUGUAAAUAAAUAAUUUGAAACUGUAAUAGCCUUGUAAUGAUAACAAUAAUCCAGUCUUCACUCUUUUGUUACUUCCUAUCUAUAGUCCUAUAUUUCCUAUAAUAUCAAAGUCUUCGUAUGUUAAAUAAAAAAAAAAUGUAGAAACUCAAUACAUAUGCGAAAUAUGUACUUAAUAUAUCGUCGUUCGGUAUUCAGCUCGGCCGCGGCGGAUGAGUAGAUAUUGCAUUUUUUUGUUGUUUUCAAAUCGAUAUUCAUCGGUCCUGUCAGAGGCGGCCUUUAGGAAAGGCGAACUGGGCAACUGCCCGGGGCUUCCAGCUUACAGGAGCCUCGCGCGGUACCUUGCAGGUCCAUUUUUACGAUCUUACCGACGAAACAAUUAAAACCGGGAUAAUUUUUUUUUGCUCCGGCCAAAACCUCUAGUUAUUUUUUUUUUUGCUUUCGCCUGAGGCCUCGCGUCGUUCAGGGCUACCGCUGAUAUACAUGAUUAUGUAUUUAAAAUAUACUAAAAAAUAAAAUAUGAGUACUUAUAUCCCUGCCGCUGCCGCAUUACAUUGAAUAUGCAUUAUUAUAAACUAGCGACCCGCCCCGGCUUCGCACGAGUGCAAUGCUGAUACUAA